GGCGGCUGGCGGCGGAGGGCGGCUGAGGGCGCCGAGGCUCCGCGCCGUGGCCUCGCGUCCCGUGCGCGCCCAUCAGGCGCCGCGCCCGCUCGCGGCGGGGAUCCGGCCGGUGCGCGGCAGACCUCCGGCCCCGCGGCGGCGGCUCUCGCUGUCUGCUCCGUGCCGGGCCCGGCGGGCGGCGCUGCCCGCUCCGGGGCGAUGCGCUGAGCGCGCCGAGGGCCGAGCUCGGGGACCACGGCGGCGGGGGGAGCCGAGCCCAUGGAGCCGGCGGGUACCCGGCGGAGCCGGCGGACGCCGCCGCCGCCGCUGCUGCUACCGCUGCUCCUGCAGGUGGCGGGGCCGGCGGGCGCCCUGGCCGAGACCCUGCUGGACGCGCCGCGGGCCAUGGGCACCAGCUCCAGCUCGCCCAGCCCCGCGAGCGUGGUGGCUCCGGGCACGACGCCGUUCGAGGAGAGCCGACUGCCGGUGUUCACCCUGGAUUACCCCCACGUGCAGAUCCCCUUCGAGAUCACCCUGUGGAUCCUGCUGGCCUCCCUGGCCAAGAUCGGCUUCCAUCUGUAUCGCAAGUUACCCACCAUAGUGCCUGAGAGCUGCCUCCUCGUCAUGGUUGGACUGCUGCUGGGUGGGAUUAUUUUCGGAGUGGAUGAGAAAUCCCCCCCGGCCAUGAAGACGGAUGUGUUUUUCCUGUACCUCCUCCCCCCCAUCGUGCUGGAUGCGGGCUAUUUCAUGCCCACCCGCCCGUUCUUCGAGAACAUCGGCACCAUCUUCUGGUACGCCGUGGUCGGGACGCUUUGGAAUUCCAUUGGCAUCGGGGUGUCCCUGUUUGGCAUCUGCCAGAUCGAAGCCUUCGGCCUGAGUGACAUCACUUUGCUACAGAAUCUGCUCUUUGGCAGCUUAAUCUCGGCUGUGGACCCCGUGGCCGUGCUCGCUGUCUUCGAGAAUAUCCAAGUCAACGAGCAGCUCUACAUCCUGGUCUUCGGGGAGUCCCUGCUGAAUGAUGCCGUGACAGUGGUCUUGUACAACCUGUUCAAGUCUUUCUGUCAGAUGAAGACCAUCGAGACCAUCGACGUGUUUGCUGGAAUCGCCAACUUCUUCGUCGUGGGGAUUGGCGGGGUGCUGAUUGGCAUCUUCCUGGGCUUCAUCGCGGCGUUUACCACUCGCUUCACACACAACAUCCGCGUGAUCGAACCGCUGUUCGUCUUCCUGUACAGCUAUUUGUCCUACAUCACAGCCGAGAUGUUCCACCUGUCGGGCAUCAUGGCAAUCACAGCUUGUGCAAUGACCAUGAAUAAGUACGUGGAAGAAAACGUGUCUCAGAAAUCCUACACGACCAUCAAGUAUUUCAUGAAGAUGCUAAGCAGCGUCAGCGAGACCCUGAUCUUCAUCUUCAUGGGCGUGUCCACCGUCGGGAAGAACCACGAGUGGAACUGGGCCUUCGUCUGCUUCACCCUGGCUUUCUGCCUGAUCUGGAGGGCGCUGGGUGUCUUUGUCCUGACUCAGGUCAUUAACUGGUUCCGCACGAUUCCCCUGACCUUCAAGGACCAGUUCAUCAUUGCCUACGGUGGGCUCCGCGGGGCCAUCUGCUUCGCGCUGGUGUUUCUCCUUCCUGCUGCCGUGUUUCCCCGGAAAAAGCUGUUCAUCACGGCGGCAAUAGUGGUCAUAUUCUUCACUGUCUUCAUCCUGGGAAUAACUAUCCGACCGCUGGUGGAGUUCCUUGAUGUUAAGAGGUCCAAUAAGAAACAGCAAGCUGUCAGUGAGGAAAUCCAUUGCCGGUUUUUUGAUCACGUGAAGACCGGGAUUGAAGAUGUUUGUGGACACUGGGGUCACAACUUUUGGAGAGACAAGUUUAAGAAAUUUGAUGACAAGUACCUGCGGAGGCUUUUGAUUCGGGAGAACCAACCCAAGUCAAGCAUUGUGUCUUUAUAUAAAAAGCUUGAAAUAAAACAUGCCAUUGAGAUGGCAGAGACGGGAAUGAUAAGUACUGUCCCUUCUUUUGCAUCUCUGAAUGACUGUCGUGAAGAAAAAAUAAGGAAGCUCACACCUGGUGAAAUGGAUGAAAUUCGAGAAAUAUUAUCAAGAAAUCUCUAUCAGAUCCGUCAGCGAACUUUGUCCUACAACCGACACAAUCUGACGGCCGACACGAGUGAGAGGCAAGCCAAGGAGAUCCUGAUCCGUCGAAGGCACAGCCUUCGGGAAAGCAUUCGGAAGGACAGCAGCUUGAAUCGAGAGCACAGGGCUUCCACCUCAACCUCCCGAUAUUUAUCCUUACCAAAAAAUACAAAGCUUCCAGAAAAGCUACAAAAGAAAAAGAAUAUUUCUAAUGCAGGUGGCAACAGCAGUGACUCAGACCCAGACGUCGGGACCACCGUCCUCAACCUGCAGCCCCGAGCCAGGCGCUUCUUGCCAGAACAGUUCUCAAAGAAAGCCCCCCAGGCCUAUAAAAUGGAAUGGAAGAACGAGUUUUUCAGUGAACGGCACUAAAAAUACUCAGAACACCUUUCCGUGGCAUCCAGGGCAGCUCCUAGAGGAUGGGGGGCCAUCAGCUCGGGGUGGUGUUUCCUGAUCCUGAGCUGAUGCCAGUUAAGGAAAAGCACAGCACGGAGCAGAGACCCCUGAGGACGGCAACAGCCAGAGCAUCUAGGCAGAACCUCGUGGCCUGGCUCCCAGACUGCAGCGCCUAUGAAAUGAUGAGAGUCAGCUGGUUUUCAAUUUGUUCCUCAUUUGACCUCGUUGAUGUCGUUUGGGGUGACACCUAGAUUCCAUCUCCCCGUCGUGUUUAAAUGGUACAAGAGAAGGGCUGUGUGGGUGAAACCAGCUUAUGCUGUAUGCCAGACUCAGAGCCAGCUUGUGAUGAAGUCUGGCCUCACGUGGUGGGUGUGGAGAUGACAGGGCAGCGCCUGCACAGCUGGCUGCCGGGUUUUAUAUUGUGCAAUACUGGGAGGAAGAUGCAGGAGAUCCCCUGUCACGCCCACCUGCAGCCACCUGCUUUAGACCUUUUCUGUAGCACAUUCUAGAACUUUGAAUCCAGGACAGAGGCUCCAAGCAGACAAGGAUAAAAGUAGGGAUAAACAAUAUUCCAAUGUUUAACAAAUUGGUGAGAAUUCAGGUUUUGAAUUUUAUGCAGGAAGCACUUUGGAGAAUGUGGGAGUUCUCUUUUUUUUUGCACUAGUCUGUAAUUUGUUACCUCUCCCCCCUCAAGAAAGUAGUAGCUCAAAUUCUUCAUCUAAAAACGAAUUCUACUCAUCUGAGUACUUUUUAAAAGUACAGCAGAAAGACAAGAAGUGGAACAUAAUCAUUAAAGAUUAAUAUUGGAAUCUCUCAGACUAUAGAUUUUAUUGGACUGCCACUUUUCCCAGAAAAACCCCCUCUUUAAAACUUGACUAGAACAAGACUCAAAAUUUCUGGGUUUAGAUAUGAGAUGAAGCCACUCAUGUAGUCCCUUGGAUUCACACUGGAGAUACAGCAAAGGAGACAAGUGACCACAUACAAUUGCUGGAAAAAUAUGAAUAAAUUAAACAAAAAGAUCCGGUACUUAGAAAUCCUCAGCUGUAAAUCUUAUCCCUUCCUUCUUCCUCCACCAACGUGAAGUAAAUCUUCUACCUUUUUUUCUCAUGUUCUAAAAUCUUGGAAUACUGCUAGAUUGUUGGGCAUGAGACAGAGGGAAGGGUAAACACACAAGGUACAAGUUCAAAAAGUGCACGAUUUCUUUCCCAAACUCUCCCAGGUUGAUCAGUGGAAAGCAAUGUAGACGUAAUUUGAAAACUACACGUUUAGGACCCUGUGCCAAAAUUCUUAAUUUUAAAUGGAAAUAUUUAUAUAUAAAAAAAUAUAUAUGUGUUUCAUCUGCUGGAAAUAAAUUAAAACUUUUAAUUUAGAAUUUUCAUUAUAGGACUAUAAUUUAUCAAGAGAUGUGAUGUAUAUUCUUGAGAUUUUGAAGACUAAGUUACAGUUUAUGAAAUCUGAAAAGGAAGGUUGAAAUGUAAAAUGAUCUUAAAAAUGAAUUUCCUGAUUUUUCUUGGUGUCCUAGAUUAAUAAAUAUUAGAAGGAGUCUAACGUUCUGGAACGGAAGGAGAAAAACAUGGAAAUGUUUAUUAUGAUAAACAUUCUUGUUAAGCACGUAGACCAAAUUCAGCUUUCACCAAUUAAAAGUCAGCUAAAACACUUGGAUGACAUUGUGUAAAUUUCUAAAAAGGAACACUUAUGUCAUUUUAUCUUUAUUAUCAGUUUAAAUUUUUCCUUAUCUGUGGAAUGAUAAAAUCGAUGAAAAAGAAAUUUGACUUUAGUUUUUUCUCUGUACCUUCUUUUUAUGAAAUUAUUAAUUUCUAGACACUACAGGAGGAGAGGGUAUGGAGUUGAAACCCUUUAACUAAAUGUCACAACAAUCUAAAUUUCUGCAGUACAGAAACAUCCCUGCCCUUGUAAAUGAUUCCCUUGUUUCAAACAACACUUGAUCCGGCCAAAGUUCCAGUGUGACUGGGGAAUUUUGAUGGGUCUUUAAUGUUUGUUGUAAAAAAAAAUUGAUUUGAACUAUUUACAAAGUCAGGGCUUAUUUCUUUAUAUGUGAUGCUAAGGCCGAUUGUUGGGAGCAGUUAUGUCAGUUAGCAAACGAUUAGAAAUUGGCCCCAAAGUCUGACACUUUUUAGAAACAUGUGUUUGCUGUAUAUGCCUCCAAACAUUCAGGGUGAAAUUCCCUUCGGCUUUUGCUAAGCUUUGGAGUCGGGGUGUACCGUUUUACCUGGCGGGGGGGGGGGGCAUGUUUGUUUAUAUAAGAAGCGAGAAGCAGUUAUUUAUUACAUGUCUCAACACAUUUUAUAUCUGUUGCAUUGCCCAAAUCAUGUUUAUGUUAAAACUGGCAUUUCACAAACAAGUAUGAGAACUAUAAUAUUUUAUGAGUUCCAAGUGCAUACUUUACUCUUUCAAGAGUGAUUGAAAGGUUUCUUUGUGCAGUUGAAGUAGCUGUGACAUUAUGUUGAGGCCUGAACACUGAAUAUUGAUUCCCUCCAUCAGCUUGAACAAGUCAGGCUGAUGAAUCAGAACUGUCUGGCAAUCUGGGGUUUUCUGGUUCAUUUUUUUUUCUCCACUUUUAGAGCAAAAUGGGUAGUUUUCUGGUUUUUUUUUUUUUAAGAUUUUUUUUUUUUGAUGUGAACCAUUUUUUUUUAAAGUCUUUAUUGAAUUUGUUACAAUAUUGCUUCUGUUUUAUAUUUUGGUUUUUUGGUGGCAAGGCACGUGGGAUCUUAGCUCCCUGACCAGGGAUUGAACCCACACCCCCUGCAUUGGAAGGCAAAGUAUUAACCACCGGACCGCCAGGGAAGUCCCAGCUUGCUGGUAUUUUAUAUCCCACAUUUUAACCAGGUCCUUUCUUCAGCCUACCUGCAAUGCAAGUGAGAGCCCCAGCUGGUAACUGCUGCCUGGCAGGGACCAUAGCUCUCAUCCACGAGAAAUGACAAGAAAUGACAGCUCCCUUUGGAAUUUCUCCCAAUGUCAUUCACUUCCCACGUGGCUGACACCCUCAGACGGUCGGUCAGCAGAUGGUGGCCAAAUACCCACAUGGUUAGUUAGCUGUUGAGUGUUUUCAGUGUUCUGCUGGCACAUCAUUUUCCAAUCCCUUUUAUAUUUCUAGUUUUCUACAAUUUUUUUUCAAAUAAAAUUCUACUUGACUACCUCUAAGAAUAGUCAAUAAACUGUGGGUCAGUUCUCAUACCGGUCUGGUCAGGGAAUGAGUUUUUCUGUGUGCAGAGUUAACCAAGCUACUGUAAAUGGACGGUCACGUUUCAACCCGCAUGGCGUAUUCAUUCUUUUGGAUGGCUCGGGACCUUUCAGUCUGUCACAGAGGUUUUAUGGGGACCCGUCAUCCUUGUAUUGUAGGGUGGAGAAAAUCCCUCCGUGAGAUGCCCAGCAGACUUAAUGCUGGACAUACUGGUGGUGACUUUUCUGAUUUUCACUUCUGUAACGAAAUACUUUGAAUUAAAUAUUCAAAUGUUUUUCCCCUUUUUUAUUUCAUUGGGUCCUGCUGAGUCCUAAGUACGAGUGGUAACUGAAUUUCUAAUUUAAACGAGGCUUUUUUUCUACUUAAAUUUCUAGUUUAAAUGAGGCCUCCAGUUACAGUAUCUGCCAAACAGAAAGUUUAUGUGUGUAUGCUGACAAAGGAGCGCUUCUCCUGGUUUCUGUGAAAUGUCAUACAGAAGUUUAAAAUAUUAAAUUACAUGGAAAUGUUUAAUUAAUCACUAUGGAGAAAAUAAUACAUCACAUGAAACUAGGAAAGCCCCAGAAAUUCCAACUUUUAUAUUUAUACAUCAAAACCAUUCUCAUUUGUACUAAAUGGGGUCAUUAGAGCUGGAAUUUGUG